AUGGGCAGCGGAAGUUCAGCGCUGCAGACCAAGGUGAAGGACGCGACUACUGCGGAGGUGUGCGCCAUAGCUUCGGAACUGUCGAAGGAAGACAAAGAGAAGAUCGUGGCCGCCCUCGCCAAGCUGGACACUCAUGACUCCGCGACAGAUGAUGCAGGUGCCGCGCGCACGCAGGCCGGCAAGGUGGAAAAGGAUUCGCACCUGAUGAUCAAGGGUCGUCCGUGCAAGUGCGUCGAGGUCUCCACCUCCAGGAAAGGACAGGCCAUGAUCGUGGCCAUUGACAUCUUCACAGGCAAAAGAAUGGAACAUAUUUGCGACCCCUCCGACAACUUGGAGGUGCCGUUCGUGAAGUGUACCGAGUACGAGGUGCUGAACGCUGAUGCCGACACAGGAGAACUAAGCCUUAUGAUGGAGAUGGGCGACAACAAGGACGAUCUCAACCUACCCGAGGACGAGAAGAUGAAGGCGGAAAUCUGUGACGAGUUUGCCAAAGGAGAAAAGCAGAUCUUCGUGACUGUGCAAGCCGCUUGCGGAGAAGAGAAGAUCGUCGGCGUCAAGUGCGUCUGA